AACUGUUUCUGUAAUUUUGGUGAAGAUGGUUCAUCAAACAAAUAUUAAACUAAAAAUUUUAAUUUGUUUUAUUACAAUCAGUUGUCUGCUAAAUUAUGCUGUUUUAAUUUGAUUAAUUUAUGCUAAUGCAAAGUUAAGCCACAGCUCAUCUUACUCGUCCCUUUCCCACUUCUGCACUUUGCCAGACUUCUUCAACACUCUCUCCCCAGCUGCAUAGUUCGUUUCUUGGGUUUCCUACAGAAUUUUCCUUUGUUUUUUUUUGUUUUUUUUUUUUUUUUAAAUUCUGAAAUUGACAUGUCAUCAGAUUCUUCCCCACCUGUUUGCCCACCAGAUCCAAAACCAAUCAACGCCCAAAAUUCACCGGAUGAAUCCGUCACCACCGCCUGCUUCUCCUCCUCCUCUGCUAACACCACCUCUUCACCGCCAGUUGACAUCCCUCUCUCUUGGCCUCCCGAUUCCAAGCUCACCCUCGACUGGAUUCGACAUUUCUCUUCUGCCUUGGACUGGUCUUCAAGAAAUCUCCCUCCCUCAGAUUUCCCCUCCGUCUUGCCUGUUUCUGUCUUCGACUCUCUCGUCCUCACCGCUUCCAAGAUCCUUCACAAGGAGCCAAAUUGCGUUAGAAUUAACGAUUGCCUUUCGCUUCCUGAUUCCGCUGUUGUUGUUGUUGGAGACGUUCAUGGCCAACUCCAUGACCUCCUUUUCCUCUUGCAGGAUGCUGGAUUCCCUUCUGAUAAUCGCUUCUUCGUCUUCAAUGGUGAUUACGUUGACCGAGGCGCUUGGGGUCUCGAGACCUUCUUGCUCUUGUUAGCUUGGAAGGUCUUUUUGCCACAUAGAGUGCAUCUCCUCCGUGGCAAUCAUGAAUCCAAGUAUUGCACGUCUGUUUAUGGCUUUGAGAAGGAAGUUUUGGUGAAGUACGAUGAUAAAGGUAAGCAUGCAUAUAGGAAGUGUUUGGGAUGCUUCGAAGGGCUUCCCUUGGCCUCUGUUAUAGCUGGCCGUGUAUAUACUGCUCAUGGGGGACUUUUCCGCAGUGUCUCAAUCCCCAAAUCAAAGAGGUCUAAAGGAAAGAAGAACCGGAGAAUAAUUUUUAAUCCUGAGGCCGCUCCUUUAUCCCUUGGUUCUUUUGUGGAAUUGUCCACGGCUCGAAGAUCAGUUCUUGACCCUCCAUGGGAAGGUUUGAACCUGAUUCCUGGUGAUGUUUUAUGGUCUGAUCCAACAAUGAAACCUGGACUUUCACCGAAUAAAGAAAGAGGCAUUGGUCUAUUGUGGGGACCUGAUUGUACCGAAGAAUUUUUGAAAAAAUUCCAUCUAAAGCUAAUAAUCAGAUCCCAUGAAGGUCCUGAUGCAAGAGAAAAGAGGCCUGGUCUUGCAGGGAUGGAUGAAGGGUACACCAUAGAUCAUGUUGUAGAGUCAGGAAAGCUAAUUACUGUGUUUAGUGCUCCAGACUACCCACAAUUUCAGGCAACAGAGGAGAGAUACAAAAAUAAAGGGGCAUACAUAGUUUUAAAAGCCCCUGAUUUUGAUGAUCCGGAGUUCCAUAGUUUUGAAGCAACUGCUCCAAGACCAGAGGCAAGGGCCUAUUAUGACUAUGAAGAUGUGAUUGAUUCUGAUGAAGAAUUGGACUUGGCUUCAAUGGUAACUGCUAAAUAGAGAGCAUCUGAGGUUUUUAAAAUGGGAAAAUCAGCAAUUUUGGAGUUGUUGGUGUAUUCUCUCCAUGAUUUUGUUGUGUGUCAAUUAUUUGUUACUUCAAGUAGAUUUUUUUUUUUGGGCUAGCUGCCUUGAAUGUGGAAUAAUACAAGUUAUAAUGAUUUUUAUUGUAUAAAUUUGUCAGUUUGUUGUUUUCC